GAGAACUUUAAAAAAUGAAUAAACACCCUCAUAUAAUAUGUGUGAGAUGAAUAAUUUAAAAUAUAUAAGAGGCGUCGAACUAUUUAAUAUAAUAAUUUGUAUUUUAUUUAGUCUAAAUAUUAUUGUGCUUUUUAGUCCUUCAAACUUUAUAUCCUUUUUAUUUUGAGUAGUUUGAUCAACCCUUUUUAAUUUAAAUCUACAUACUUUAUGAUAUCUACUAAUUUUUUUUUUAAGUAUUUUUGUUAAUUAUUGGUCACAAUCUUUUAAGAACGGAUAUAGUAGCAUUUUUUUGUGCAAUUUAUUUCAAUAGAAAUAAAAUAAUUAUACUCAAGUGGGGUGUCUAGAUUAGAGUGUGCAAGAUAAGAGGACUCUUUCUAUAAUAAAUAAUCUUCUUCCUAAUUUGUAGUUUUAUUAUUUAUUAUUGAUAUUUCUUCUCAAGUUCAUAGAAUUUUUUAGAGAGAGAAAAUAAGUGAGAGAUAGUUAAUGGAGUUGCAAAAAUGGAGGUUCUUUUCUAUUCUACCUAUCUUAGUUUCCAUCCUGUUCUUCAUCCUUAAGAUUUCUCUAAAGACUUCUCAAAGUAACUGCAGCCUUCUACCUCACAACCAUUACUGGAUAUCUAGCAAGCAGAUUGUAACGCAGGAUGGUGUCCUUUCGGGUGCUGUUGAGAUAAAAGAUGGCAAAGUCUUUAGCAUUGUUAGAGAAGAAGAUUGGCAUGGAUAUAUCAGACGAGGUCACGUAGUUGAUUUUGGGGAGGCCGUUGUCAUGCCAGGCCUUAUUGAUGUGCAUGCACAUCUAGAUGAUCCCAGAAGAGAUGAGUGGGAAGGGUUUCCUUCUGGUACUAGAGCUGCUGCUGCGGGUGGGAUAACUACCCUGAUAGACAUGCCCUUGAACAGCGAACCAUCAACGAUUUCUGAGGAAACUCUUAAGCUCAAGAUAAAUGCGGCGAAAAACAGAAUUCAUGUUGAUGUUGGUUUCUGGGGUGGUCUAGUGCCUGAAAAUGCCCUUAAUACAACUGCGUUAGAACGUCUCCUUAGAGCUGGUGCUCUCGGGUUGAAGUCUUUUAUGUGUCCAUCAGGAAUCAACGACUUCCCCAUGACAAACAUUACUCAUAUUAAGGAAGGACUGUCUACACUCGCUAAAUUCAGAAGACCAUUACUUGUACACGCAGAGGUUCAAGAAGAAAAUGCAGACAACUUGAGCAAGGACGAUGAGAAUGAUGCUCGGUUGUAUUCAACUUAUCUUAAGACGAGACCUCCUUCAAUGGAGGAAGCAGCGAUUAGAAAUCUUUUAACAGUCAGUGAGAAUACUAAAGCUGGUGGUCCUGCCGAAGGAGCGCAUCUUCAUAUCGUUCAUCUUUCUGAUGCUCGAUCUUCUUUAGACCUUCUGAAGAAAGCAAAAGGAAGAGGCGACAGUAUAACCAUAGAAACCUGCCCACAUUACUUGGCAUUUUCUGCCGAUGAGAUUCCUGAUGGAGACACACGGUUUAAGUGUGCUCCUCCUAUCCGAGAUGGUGAAAACAAAGAAAAAUUGUGGGAAGCUUUGAGGAAUGGAGAUAUCGAUAUGCUUAGUUCGGACCAUUCACCGGCACUCCCAGAGCUUAAACUUCUACAACAAGGAGACUUUUUGAAAGCAUGGGGUGGCAUAUCAUCUUUGCAGUAUGUCCUUCCUGCAACGUGGACUGCUGGUCGUAAAUAUGGGGUAACCUUAGAACAAAUUGCUUCUUGGUGGAGCAAGAAACCGGCUGAACUUGCUGGCCAACAUCUCAAGGGGUCGAUUGCAGUUGGGAAUUAUGCGGAUAUAGUUGCAUGGGAGCCUGAAACGGAGUUCGAUCUCGAUGAAAAUCAUCCUUCAUACGCCAAACAUCCAAGCAUAUCAGCUUACAUGGGAAGCAGACUUUCCGGUAAAGUUUUGGCUACAUUUGUGAGAGGAAACCUUGUUUACGAAGAGGGAAAACACGCUAGUGCAGCCUGUGGAAACCGCCUUCUAGCAAAAUAGCACGCGGUUGGCGUAUAGGUAGGCCAAGGCACCUAUUACAUAGAUGAUUGCUAAUUGUACAGAUGGGAGAUGGCUUCAAACCAGAAAAGCCGAAAUGUAUAUAGUAUUUAUGCGUACUGAAUCUUUGCCAAGCUUGGAGAUUAAUCGUACAGCAUCUUGCCAAGAAACACGAUUCUUGAGGAUUUGGUAAUGCGCAAAAUCCUCGCCAAGAAACUUAAUUCUUGAAGAGUUGGUGUUGGAAUAAUUUCAUGUACUGCGAAUUAGUUUUCGUGGUUUAGUUAUGUUUCUUUCGUUUGGUUGCAAUGUUGCACAUUUGGGAUAUUGUACAAAACUGAUUUGCAAUUGCCAAUCUAUUUGUGUUAUUGUGUAGUGUGUUCUUGUCCUGUCA